CAAAAUAAUUCAAUACGAAACCCGAGCUUGAUAAUGUACGACGCAAUCUUUUGCUACGCGCUCGCGGAAAUAUAUCGUAGAAAAGUGCUCUAACAAAUAACAAGUGAAUAGAAGUUGUGUUUAGCAUGCUCUCGUUAAGACAAUAGAACUGCUUUUCAAGUGGAGUGUCUCUUGUUUAUUGAAAAAUCCAAAGGAUAAUAAUGAGCGCCCCUAUUAUCAUUACCGUUCCCAACAACUAUCUGGCGGUGGAGGAGAUGGACUCCGACGUGGUCCUGGACGUGUCACCUCAGCCGUCCAGGAAACGGCGUUUGGAUCAUCUGACAUGGGAGGAGAAAAUGCAAAGAAAGAAAUUGAAGAACAGAGUGGCAGCACAAACAUCGCGCGACAGGAAAAAGGCGAAAAUGGAUGAAAUGGAACACCGUUUGAAGCAAUUUAUGGAUAUGAAUGAAAGGUUGGCGAGCGAAGUGGCGAGCUUGAAGGCGUUGAACGAGCGUCUUUUGAAUGAGAAUGCAGCGCUUCGCAGCGAGUCCGCGGCGCGAAACGUCGCGGGGGCCCAAGGACCAGCAGAGUCUCCUCAGCAGAAGGAAGGGCCCCCGUCGGCGAUCCGCGCGGCGCGACUGUUGCUAGCGAUGUGCCUGCUCUCUCAGACCUCCUCGCUCACCUCGACUCAGAAGAGUACCUUGACAGCCUCCAUCAACUUGCAGACUCCUUAUUACAAGAAAUUAGCGCAAGUGCUUCAGGAGCGGUUGAAAAUGUCACAGUCCGGGAAUCUGGAGAGUGUUCUAAAGGAAAUCAAGUGGUGGGGACCGCAGCAGAGCACCUGGAAUCCGGUGAAGGUGCAGUCAUAGACAUGAAGCACGACGUUGACAGGAUACUGGCCCAGCACUCUUAUGCGUACCCCUACACUCCUGACAUUAUAGUCACUGCACCUAAACAAACCGUACAAAUAAAAGAGGAAGGAAAUGACAAAGGAGACAUUUUUUACGCCAGUUUUGAUGAAGACAAUGAUUGUGUCACUGUUGAAGUGCCCUGUGAGGAGCAGAUUGUUGAAGAAGCACCUACAAAAGUCGAAACUCCAAUCAAAAUUGAAACAGACUUGUUAAAUACGGACUUAAAAACUGACUUUGAUUUGAAAAUGGUGUCCCCAAUGACUUUGUCACCAAAUUCCAUUGAUGACAAUCUAUUGUUGUCACCGUCGCACACAAGCCUUAGUUCAGAUCUUGGUUAUGAGUCAUUGUCAUCUCCUCUCAGUGAACAUGAAGCUAUGGACUUGUCAGAUUUUUGGUGUGAGUCAUUUUCUGAACUGUUCCCUGAUUUAGUGUAAGGGAGCAGUUCUGUAUUUCACCUCGCCAAAGACUGAUUAGUUCAUAGUAUUUUAUUUAGAUUUUAAGUGAAUGUUUGUACAGUUUUUUUAGGUUUAUCUAUUGUUUCUCAUCUAAUUUUUUAAAAUCAUAUAUCUGUAAGUGUAGGGAUGUAAAUUGAUUUGAUUAGCACAAAAUAAACAGCGUUCUGUCGA